CACCCAGCGCCCCGGGGUGCCCCAGCUUGGAUUCCCCGUUGGGGUUUUUAACCUCGGGAUGCGCAAACCGUGCCCUGCUCUGCGGGUCCUGGCCCUGGGAGCGCCUGCGAACCACCGUUUCUUGAGAAGGGAACAGCAGCUGCCAGUGUGAAGGAGGCAGAACCAUGGCAUCGCUGCUGUGCAACGCCCGCAUCCAGCUUACAGACACGCUGGAGCAGAUGCAGCAGGGGACGCUGAUGCGCAAAGUCAAGUCCAAGAGCUGGAAGAAGCAGCGUUACUUCAAGCUGCAGGAUGACUGCAUGACCAUCUGGUACCAGUCCAAGAGGACAGGCAAAACUGAGUCUGCCUUCUCCAUCAGUGACGUGGAGACGGUGCGGGAGGGACACCAGUCGGAGGUGCUGCAAAGUCUGGCCGAGGAGUUCCCCCCUGAGCGCUGCUUCACCAUUGUCUUCUACGGCCGCCGCGGCAACCUGGACCUCAUUGCUGGCUCAGCCGAGGAGGCGCAGUGCUGGGUCCAGGGCCUGCGCCAGCUCAUUGAGGUGGCCACCAGCAUGGACCAAAGGGAGAAGAUAGAUCAGUGGAUUCGUGACUGGUUCCAGAAGGCUGACAAGAACAAGGACGGGCGCAUGAACUUCAAGGAGGUGCAGCGUCUCCUCAAGAUGAUGAAUGUGGAUAUGAACGAGGACCAUGCCCUGCGGCUCUUCCAGGAUGCUGACAAGUCAGAGUCGGGGACGCUGGAAGGGGAGGAGUUUGUGCUCUUCUACAAGGCUCUCACACAACGCGAGGAGGUGCUGAGCCUCUUCCAGGACUUUUCCGAGGAUGGGAAGAAGCUGACCCUGCUGGAGCUGGUGGAUUUCUUGCGGCAGGAGCAGCUGGAGGAUGAGGGCACAGAGGAGUUGGCCAUGGAGCUCAUUGACAAGUAUGAACCAUCUGAGACAGCCCGGGCUCGCCAUGUGCUGAGUGCCGAUGGGUUCCUCAUGUACCUCUGCUCCCCGGAGGGCUCCAUCUUCAAUCCCCAGCACCGGGCACUGUGGCAGGACAUGAGCCAGCCCCUCUGCCAUUACUUCAUCUCCUCCUCCCACAACACUUACCUGAUAGAGGACCAGAUCCGGGGCCACAGCAGCAUCGAGGGCUACAUCAGGGCUCUGAAACGGGGCUGCCGGUGCCUGGAGGUGGAUUGCUGGGACGGGCCGAAUGGGGAGCCUGUGGUGUACCACGGCCACACCUUCACCUCCAAGAUCCCCUUCCGGGAGGUGGUGAGCACCCUGGGCAAGUAUGCCUUCAAGACCUCAGAUUACCCAGUGAUCCUCUCCCUGGAGAACCACUGCAGCAUGGAGCAGCAGGAAGUCCUGGCCCAGCAGCUCAAGACAAUCCUGGGUGAACAGCUCCUCACCACCACCAUCGAUGGGCGAGUUCCUGCCCAGCUCCCAUCCCCAGAGGACCUGAAGCACAAGAUCUUGCUGAAGGGGAAGAAGAUUGGGCGGCUGGAGGACGUGCUGGAUGGGCCAGAGGAUGAGGCACACGAUGUGUCCGAUGAUGACAACGGGGCAGAAGCAGAGGAGGAGAAGCGGAGGAUGAAGAAGGACAAGGAGACCCUGGCGCAGGUACUGUCUGACUGCGUUGUCUACUGCAAGAAUGUGUCCUUCCGGGGCUUCCAGGAGGCCCGCGGCCGCUCACGGCCCUCUGAGAUCUCCUCACUCUCCGAGGCCAAGGCUAGGAAGCUCAUCCGGGAUGCAGGGAAUGAGUUUGUGCGCCAUAACAGCUGGCAGCUGACGCGCAUCUACCCCAGCGGGAUGCGGACUGACUCCUCCAACUACAGCCCCCAGGAGAUGUGGAACGUGGGGUGCCAGAUUGUGGCCCUGAACUUUCAGACAGCUGGCAUGGAGAUGGACCUGUGUGAUGGGCUCUUCAGCCAGAAUGGCUGCUGUGGCUAUGUGCUCAAACCACCUUUCAUGAGAGAUGAGGAGACUCUCUUCAACCCCAGUGACCCUGGCAGCCGGGAGGGCCCUGGCCCCAUCACUCUGACAAUCCAGGUCAUCAGUGGGCAGCAGCUGCCCAAAGUGUCCAACAGCAAGGAGGGAGCCAUCAUCGACCCACUAGUGCGUGUGGAGAUCCAUGGGGUCCCUGCUGACCAGGCACACCAAGAGACCAAGUACAUUGAAAACAAUGGGUUUAACCCCCGCUGGGAUGAGACGCUCCAGUUCCAGCUCCAUGUUCCCGAGCUGGCCCUAGUGCGCUUUGUGGUGGAGGACUACGACAAGACAUCCAGGAACGACUUUGUGGGCCAGUUCACCCUGGCCUUCAGCAACAUUAAACCUGGCUACCGCCACAUCCAUCUCCUCUCCAAGGAUGGCACCCACAUUCCACCCUCUUCACUCUUUGUCCACGUUCGCAUCAGCAAGCCACCUGACCCUGAGCAGGACAGCUCAUGAGGUGAGCAGUACUUGGACAGAAGCCAUAGACCUGGCCCUGAGUGGCUGGGGCCACAGAGCCAACUACACCAACCUCCUGUUGAACCGUUUGUGUCAUCCUUGUGUCAUCGUUGCUGCUGUGUCCCUCUUAGCAGUAGCCCUAAGGCCUGGAAAAAGGCACUGAUCACCUUCCCAGGUUUGGGACGCUGCCUCCCCUGCAUGAAUGCAGGGCUUGUGCUGGUGCAGCCCUUCUCUGCUCACAGGCACAGCUUGGUUGUGAGGAGGAGAGAUGGUGCACGGUCCUGCCCUGGCUCUGCUGCAGGGGCUGGUCCCCCUUGGCCAGGGAGACAAGGCUGAAGAUGGGCAAACCCCAGGGCUGAGCAGAGCUCAUAGAGGAGUCAAUCCUCACUGUGCCCUGACUGUGCAGAGCCUCAUCAGAGCCCCCCUGCCCCUCCUCACCCCUGAAAUGUCCUUUCUCUGUAAGCGACCUAAUAAAUGGUUUGGUGACAGUCA